GCAAUGCGGAAAUACCUGAUUUGUGAACAUGGCCGCUUGGAGUUCACAAAGUUGAGUUAUUUAGGUUAGAAUAGGCACCGCAAGUAGAAAUAGUACUUUUAAAACCCGUGUAAUGUGAUAUUAGUAAAUAGUGAUUAUCAAAGCCGAAUCAGUUAGCAACUUCCGUCAAGAUGAGUCAAGAAAUUAACGGUGCAAAAGAAGAAAAAGCUUAUUUCUUGUCGGUCCUUUCCACCUUUGAAAGUUACAGAGAGCAAUCCUUGUUGCGAAUCGACCAUAAGCAAAAAUGCCUUUCCACUCUUCCACCAUAUCACAAAAAAUGGCUUACGAAGUACAAGGAAGACUUGGAAGCGUUCAAGGAAUGCAUUGAGAAAAAUUCUAAAUUUAUCCCUAUCGUGCUCCAACAUGCCCACACAAUUUUUGAUAAUGUCUACAGCAACGAUGGAUCCUCGCAUUCCGAAAUUAAAGUUGGUACUUUGGCUGAAGGGCUAGACAAAGUCCAAUCGGUCUUCAAGCAGUUGAUGAGAGAUUGGAGCGCGUUGGGGGCUGCAGAAAGAGCCCAAUGUUACCAACCAAUAAUCGACGAAAUCAUCCUGCAGUUUCCCGAAGACAAGUUUGUCAGGUCAAACAUCAACGUUUUGGUACCAGGGGCAGGACUAGGUCGACUGGCUUUUGAAAUCGCAACAAGGGGUUUUGCCUGCCAAGGCAACGAAUUUAAUUUGUUUAUGCUAAUUGUCUCGUACUACGUUUUAAAUCACUGCAAAGAGGUUGAUGAAUACACUAUUUACCCAUGGAUCCAUCAGUAUUGUAAUAACUUGAACGCCAAGCAUCAAAUGACAAGUGUUAGGUUUCCUGAUGUUAAGCCAAUGCCGACUCCUGAAAGUAAAUUUUCAAUGACCGCUGGCGACUUCCUGGAGGUUUAUACAGAUCCUGACAUAUGGCACUGUGUCGCGACUUGUUUCUUCAUUGAUUGCGCUCCUAAUGUGGUUCAAUUCAUUGAAACCAUCUAUCAUAUUUUGAAGCCAGGUGGUGUUUGGAUCAAUUUGGGGCCUUUGUUGUAUCAUUACUCUGAUGUAAAAAAUGAGAAAAGUGUUGAACCGAGCUUUGAAGUUGUCUGUGAAGUCAUAAAAAAUAUAGGUUUUGAAAUGGAGAAGUGUAAAACUGGCGUUAAAACAAAAUAUUGCCAAAAUCCUAAAUCUAUGCUUCAGUAUGAAUAUGAUAGUGUGUAUAUCGUUUGUAGGAAACCUAUCAGCAUUACUAACGGCAACGGAACACUGGAUGGCAGGAAUGAAUUAUUGUAGUAAAACGACUGAAUACAAUAUGAACUGGAAAUUAUAUGUAUAUCUACGAUGUUAUUUUUGAAAUGUUGCAAAUGUUUCUAGACCAUGUCAUUUAGUUGCAGUGUUAAUUGUAAACAUCUCAGAUCUGAUAUAAUUUUUUAAAUUCAUCAGAUCAAUAAGUACAAAAAAAUGUUCAACUUUGCAGUUUGUAUUAAUUAAUAAUUUCUCGUUUAGUGUAUUUUUUUAUUGAAUCGAAUUUAAGUUUCACUAUGUGUUGUUUAGCAUUUAAUAAAUAAAUGACCCUA